GGAUGAAGACUAUCAAUCUGGUGAAAUUGCUUAUCAUAUGAUAUUACCUUCUAAUUUACUCAUUGAUAUUUCAAAGCUUUAUUCUAUUCUUGCUGGUGAUUUGUAUCCACCUCCAUUUAAAAUCAUCUUUAGAGCUGAUGCCAUUGAAUCUAUUAGAAAGCUUUCAAUUAUAUUUGAAUCUAAUGGAAAGAAAACUUGA